CGGUUGUGCGUUCCGUUAGAUGCCAGUUGUGGUGAUACUAAACUAGCCCGAGCUACGGAUGAUGAGCCAUAACAAGAUUGGAUAAUAGAUUGUCUGUGCUCUCUUUUUCCACUGCUUGUGUUGUUAACCCAAAGAUCAUAUUAUGAAAGAGAGAUCACUCAUACUAGGGCACUGUAACACGGGUGACAUCAGUGCUUGUAGCAAUCAGUGUAAGGGACCGAUGUGGCUUCCAGAAAAAGUGGGCAUUUCUUAGCUACAGAGUAUUGUACUUCGUACAACUUGAAGAAAAAGACGACAGGUCUAUCUCUUUUUCACUUCCUAAAGGGAUAGAAGAAGCAUUUCUAAAUCUUUGAAUUGGGAUAAUCAUGAAAGGUGAAAAUGGUAGCUGAGGCUUGGUGUUACUCCUUGCUGUACUGGCUCUUUGCAUUGAUAGUGCUGUACCCUCCAGACGAAGUGGUCUCAGCAGGGCUAACCAUAGAGGCCUUGCUCGGGUCAUGGCUUGGAAGUCAAUUGAGUGGAUUUAUUCAGUACCAUGUAAGGAGGACAGCAGCCACUCUCAUUGUGCAUUCUCUUCUUCUGCCUGGAUAUUUCAUCAUGCUCUUUAAUACACAGCCAUGGGUAAUGGAAUGGGCAAACAGUAAAAUACAUCCAAAUGCAGUAAUACUCAUGGUUGUAGUUUCUUUGGCCCCUGUGAUUAUGGCUACUGUAUUAGUGGCUUACUGGCGGAAGAACAACUGGAAAAUGCACCCCCUUUGCCGCACAUUGUCUCUCUAUGCUCAAACUGAUGUAUAUUCUCCACAUGCAUGGGUUGCAGUAGCUAGUAAUGUUAAUAUUGAAUUUCGCAGGGUAGACAAGUUCAGCACCAAAGUCAACAGUGUGUGUCGUGUAGUGGCCACUGAUAGUUGGUUGAUGAAAGUAACAGCAUACAGUGUCUAUCUGACACACCAGAGGGAUGCUGUUCUGUCUUUAGAAGGCAGUUUUGAUCAGAGAUUCAUAUCCCAUAACAGCUCAAUGGAUACACAACUCCUUACUAUCUGUGUUAACUCAGUAAAGGAAGGGAUAUCUCCAUUCUAUAUAAGGUUGACCUCCAUAGAUUAUACUGAAUUGGAGAGGAAAAUUGUCAACCCAGUGGUAAAUGCUAGAGAAGUAGUGAUCAUGCAGAGUCUUUCUGAUAGGUUUCUUUCAGCUUUCACUGAGGCAGUGAAAGAGAACCCCAGAGUGUUUUUAUUAGAAGAACAGGAUAUGUGCAUUGGCUGUAUGGCCGUAAAAGCAGAUGUCAAGCUACAACGUCGAUGUGACACAUCAAAUGCAGAGGAAGGGCGAUGUGUUACAUGCUAUUGCCGACCAAUGUGGUGCUUAACAUGUUUGGGCAAAUGGUUUGCUGCUCGACAGAAUCAAGACCAGCCAGAAAUGUGGUUGUCUUCCAGAGCACCAUGUCCCACUUGUCGUUCAGCGUUUUGUAUUCUAGAUGUUUGCAUUAUUUCAGAGAGCUGAUAACAUGCAUGUAUAAAAGUGAAGUAGUAAAAUUUCUUUAAAGAUGGCACAUGUUAUUA